AUGUCUCUGCUCUGCGUCGGAGUCAAAAAAGCCAAGUUUGAUGGUGCUCAAGAGAAGUUCAACACGUAUGUGACACUGAAGGUGCAGAACGUGAAGAGCACCACUAUUGCUGUGCGUGGAAGCCAGCCCAGCUGGGAGCAGGACUUCAUGUUUGAGAUCAACCGCCUGGACUUGGGACUGACUGUGGAGGUGUGGAACAAGGGCCUUAUCUGGGACACCAUGGUGGGCACCGUGUGGAUCCCGCUGCAGACCAUCCGCCAGUCCAAUGAGGAGGGCCCUGGCGAGUGGCUGACACUGGACUCCCAGGUCAUCAUGGCCGACAGUGAGAUCUGUGGCACCAAGGACCCGACUUGCCACCGUAUCCUGCUGGACACACGCUUCGAGCUGCCCCUAGACAUUCCGGAAGAGGAGGCACGCUACUGGGCCAAGAAGCUGGAACAGCUGAAUGCCAUGCGGGACCAGGACGAGUACUCGUUCCGGGAUGAGCCUGACAAGCCCCUGCCCGUACCCAGCAGCCAGUGCUGCAACUGGAAUUACUUUGGCUGGAAUGAGCAGAACGAUGACCCCGAUAGUGCAGUGGACGAUCGGGACAGUGACUACCGGAGUGAGACCAGCAACAGCAUCCCGCCGCCCUACUACACUACAUCACAGCCCAACGCCUCUGUGCACCAGUACGCCGUUCGCCCGCCACCCCUGGGCUCACGGGAGUCCUAUAGCGACUCCAUGCACAGCUAUGAGGAGUUCUCAGAGCCGCGGGCCCUCAGCCCCACAGGCAGCAGCCGCUAUGCCUCAUCUGGGGAUCUGAGCCAGGGCAGCUCACAGCUGAGUGAGGACUUCGACCAGGAUGAGCAGAGCCUGCAGGGCUCUGAGCUGGAGGACGAACGGGACCGGGACUCCUACCACUCCUGCCACAGCUCUGUGAGCUACCACAAGGACUCGCCACACUGGGACCAGGAUGAGGAGGAUCUAGAGGACCUGGAGGACCUGGAGGAUGAGGAGCUGCCUGAGGAGGAGGAAGAGGAAGAGGAGGAGGAGGAAGAGGAAGAGGAAGAGGAGGAAGAGAUCCCUGAUGACCUAGGCAGUUAUGCCCAGCUUGAAGAGGUGGCUGUGGAUGAGCCUAAAGACUUCAAGCGCAUCAGCCUCCCACCAGCUGUGCCCGAGAAGGAGGAUAUGGCCUCAAUGCUGCCCACAGAGGGCUCUGAGGUGACCAAGGUGGUUCCCAAGCUGGCCACACCUGAGGAAGCUCCUAGAGCUGAGCGGACACCUGAGUCUGAGCCCCCCAAGGAUGAGGAGAGUUUCAGGCAACGAGAGGAUCAGGAAGGCCAGGAGGGUCAGGACUCCAUGUCCAGGGCCAAGGCCAACUGGCUUCGGGCCUUCAACAAGGUUCGGAUGCAGCUACAGGAGGCCCGGGGAGAAGGAGAAAUGUCUAAGUCCUUGUGGUUCAAAGGCGGCCCCGGGGGAGGCCUCAUCAUCAUCGACAGCAUGCCGGACAUCCGAAAGAGGAAGCCAAUCCCACUUGUGAGCGACCUGGCCAUGUCUUUGGUCCAGUCCAGGAAAGCCGGCAUCACCUCGGCCUUGACCUCCAGCACGCUGAACAACGAAGAGCUGAAAAACCACGUUUACAAGAAGACCCUGCAAGCCUUAAUCUACCCCAUCUCUUGCACCACGCCACACAACUUCGAGGUGUGGACUGCCACCACGCCCACCUACUGCUAUGAGUGCGAGGGACUGCUGUGGGGCAUCGCGCGGCAGGGCAUGCGCUGCACUGAGUGCGGCGUCAAGUGCCACGAGAAGUGCCAGGAUCUGCUCAACGCGGACUGCCUGCAGCGGGCGGCGGAGAAGAGCUCAAAGCACGGUGCCGAGGACCGGACACAGAACAUCAUCAUGGUGCUCAAAGACCGCAUGAAGAUCCGAGAGCGCAACAAGCCCGAGAUCUUCGAGCUCAUCCAGGAGAUCUUCGCGGUGACCAAGACGGCCCACACGCAGCAGAUGAAGGCGGUCAAGCAGAGCGUGUUGGAUGGCACGUCCAAGUGGUCAGCCAAGAUCAGCAUCACCGUGGUCUGUGCCCAGGGCUUGCAAGCAAAGGACAAGACGGGAUCCAGCGACCCUUAUGUCACAGUUCAGGUUGGGAAGACCAAGAAACGAACAAAAACCAUCUAUGGAAACCUGAACCCUGUGUGGGAAGAGAAUUUCCACUUUGAAUGCCACAACUCCUCCGACCGCAUCAAGGUGCGAGUCUGGGAUGAGGACGAUGACAUAAAAUCUCGGGUGAAGCAGAGGUUCAAGAGGGAGUCUGACGAUUUCCUGGGGCAGACCAUCAUCGAGGUGCGGACGCUCAGCGGAGAGAUGGACGUGUGGUACAAUUUGGACAAGAGAACAGACAAGUCUGCCGUGUCGGGCGCCAUCCGCUUGCACAUCAGUGUGGAGAUCAAGGGCGAGGAAAAGGUGGCCCCAUACCAUGUGCAGUACACCUGUCUGCAUGAGAACCUCUUCCACUUCGUGACGGAUGUGCAGAACAACGGCGUGGUCAAGAUCCCGGACGCGAAGGGGGAUGAUGCCUGGAAAGUGUACUACGAUGAGACGGCCCAGGAGAUCGUGGACGAGUUCGCCAUGCGCUAUGGCGUGGAGUCCAUCUACCAAGCCAUGACCCACUUUGCCUGCCUCUCCUCCAAGUACAUGUGCCCUGGGGUGCCUGCCGUCAUGAGCACCCUGCUGGCCAACAUCAAUGCCUACUACGCGCACACCACCGCCUCCACCAAUGUGUCUGCCUCUGACCGCUUUGCUGCCUCCAACUUUGGGAAAGAGCGCUUCGUGAAGCUCCUGGACCAGCUGCACAACUCCCUGCGAAUCGACCUCUCCAUGUAUCGGAACAACUUCCCUGCCAGUAGCCCUGAGAGGCUCCAAGACCUCAAGUCCACGGUGGACCUGCUGACCAGCAUCACCUUCUUCCGCAUGAAGGUCCAGGAACUGCAGAGCCCACCACGAGCCAGCCAGGUGGUGAAGGACUGUGUGAAGGCGUGCCUCAACUCCACCUAUGAGUACAUCUUCAACAACUGCCACGAGCUGUACAGCCGCGAGUACCAGACAGACCCGGCCAAGAAGGGAGAGGUCCCCCCUGAAGAGCAGGGCCCCAGCAUCAAGAACCUGGACUUCUGGUCAAAGCUGAUCACCCUGAUUGUGUCCAUUAUUGAGGAGGACAAGAACUCCUACACGCCCUGCCUCAACCAGUUCCCCCAGGAGCUGAAUGUGGGGAAGAUCAGUGCUGAAGUCAUGUGGAACCUGUUUGCCCAAGACAUGAAGUAUGCCAUGGAGGAACAUGACAAGCACCGGCUCUGCAAGAGCGCUGACUACAUGAACCUGCACUUCAAGGUCAAGUGGCUGUACAACGAGUAUGUGGCGGAGCUGCCCGCCUUCAAGGACCGCGUGCCCGAGUACCCUGCGUGGUUUGAGCCCUUCGUCAUCCAGUGGCUGGAUGAGAACGAGGAGGUGUCUCGGGACUUCCUGCACGGAGCCCUGGAGCGGGACAAGAAGGAUGGGUUCCAGCAAACCUCAGAGCACGCACUGUUCUCCUGCUCUGUGGUGGAUGUCUUCUCCCAGCUCAACCAGAGCUUUGAGAUCAUCAAGAAGCUGGAGUGCCCCGACCCCCAGAUCGUCGGCCACUACAUGCGGCGUUUUGCCAAGACCAUCAGUAAUGUGCUCCUGCAGUAUGCUGACAUCAUAACCAAGGACUUCGCUUCCUACUGCUCCAAGGAGAAGGAGAAAGUGCCCUGCAUCCUCAUGAACAAUACCCAGCAGCUACGUGUGCAGCUGGAGAAGAUGUUUGAAGCCAUGGGUGGUAAGCAGCUGGACGCUGAGGCCAGCGACACGCUGAAGGAGCUGCAGGUCAAACUGAACAAUGUCUUGGAUGAGCUCAGCCGAGUGUUUGCCACGAGCUUCCAGCCACACAUCGAGGAGUGUGUCAAGCAAAUGGGAGACAUCCUGAGCCAGGUCAAGGGCACGGGCAACGUGCCGGCCAGUGCCUGCAGCAGCGUGGCCCAGGACGCCGACAACGUGCUGCAGCCCAUCAUGGACCUCCUGGACAGCAACCUGACACUCUUUGCCAAAAUCUGCGAGAAAACUGUGCUGAAGCGGGUGCUGAAGGAGCUGUGGAAGCUGGUGAUGAACACCAUGGAGAGGACCAUCGUGCUGCCCCCGCUCACCGACCAGACGAUGAUCGGCACCCUCUUGAGAAAACAUGGCAAGGGAUUAGAAAAGGGCAGGGUGAAAUUGCCAAGCCACUCAGACGGAACCCAAAUGAUCUUCAAUGCCGCCAAGGAGCUGGGCCAGCUGUCCAAACUGAAGGACCACAUGGUACGUGAAGAAGCCAAAAGCCUGACUCCAAAGCAGUGUGCGGUGGUUGAGCUGGCCCUGGACACCAUCAAGCAAUACUUCCACGCGGGUGGUGUGGGCCUCAAGAAGACCUUCCUGGAGAAGAGCCCGGACCUGCAGUCUUUGCGCUAUGCCCUGUCGCUGUACACCCAGGCUACCGACUUGCUCAUCAAGACCUUUGUGCAGACACAGUCUGCCCAGGGCUCGGGUGUGGAAGACCCUGUAGGUGAGGUCUCUGUCCAUGUUGAGCUCUUCACUCACCCAGGAACCGGGGAACAGAAGGUCACAGUGAAAGUGGUGGCUGCCAAUGAUCUCAAGUGGCAGACUUCCGGCAUCUUCCGUCCAUUCAUCGAAGUCAACAUCAUUGGGCCCCAGCUCAGUGAUAAGAAACGCAAAUUUGCCACCAAAUCCAAGAACAACAGCUGGGCCCCCAAGUAUAACGAGAGCUUCCAGUUCACGCUGAGCGCGGACGCAGGCCCCGAGUGCUAUGAGCUGCAGGUGUGCGUCAAGGACUACUGCUUCGCGCGCGAGGACCGCACGGUGGGGCUGGCCGUGCUGCAGCUGCGCGAGCUGGCUCAGCGCGGGACUGCCGCCUGUUGGCUCCCGCUCGGCCGCCGCAUCCACAUGGACGACACGGGCCUCACUGUGCUGCGCAUCCUCUCGCAGCGCAGCAACGACGAAGUGGCUAAGGAGUUCGUCAAGCUGAAGUCGGACACGCGCUCUGCCGAGGAGGGCGGUGCCGCGCCUGCGCCUUAG